GGUUGCAGUUUCAAAGUAUCGUCCAUAACAAUUCUGAAUUAAAAGGUGCUUUUAAAAAUGUUGUCUUCUCUCUCGGUCAGUGUACUAUGAGGGACUUCAGGACAAACUGGCGCAGGUGCGUGACGCGCGGGCGGCACUGAAUGCUCUGAGAGAUGAGCACAGGGAGAAACUGAGACGGGCUGCCGAGGAGGCAGAGAGACAGAGACAAAUCCAACUCGCCCAGAAACUAGAGAUCAUGAGGCAGAAAAAACAGGAGUACUUGGAGAUGCAAAGGCAGCUCGCAAUUCAGCGCCUGCAGGAGCAGGAGAAGGAGAGACAGAUGCGCCUGGAGCAGCAGAAACACACCAUUCAGAUGAGAGCACAGAUGCCCGUGUUCUCCCUGCCUUAUGCACAGAUGCAGUCACUGCCUCCUAAUGUGGCAGGAGGGGUGGUGUAUCCCCCCACUGGCCCUCCCAGCUAUCCUGGCACCUUCAGUCCUUCUGGUUCAGUGGAGGGGUCGCCCAUGCAUGGAGUCUACAUGAACCAGCACGGACAGACUGCUGCCGGUGGCCCGUACCAGGCCAUGCCUGUGUCAGCUACAGAUCCAAACAUGGUGAAUGCUUAUAUGUAUCAGACUGCAGGCACCAGUGGGCAGCCAUCUGCCCCAGGACAAGCCCCUCCCACAACCACCCCUGCCUACACUAACUACCAGCCCACACCCACACAGGGCUACCAGGUCAGGAGAUUCAAGAUCAAUAACAGCAUGAUAUAA